AUGUCAGGAAACAAAGAAGCAACCGAGGGACUGUUCAGUAAUCUGCCCCCAAAUGGAAAGAUGACAAUCUCCAACCGGUAUAGUGGUGCCGUUGGGGUAUCUCAGCGUAGGAUCUGCGUUCAUUUGUUGUCCGAGGAAGUAAUCUUGGUACCCAUUUUCUCUGAGGGAGUCGCCGACAGAUUCCAGCGCUUUGGUAGCAAUCAGAGAAACGCCAAAAUCCAUGGACCGUUAAUGGUUGUUCAAAACGGGGUAAAAUCAUCGAAGUCUCCCAUAUUCAGCAGACCCAGCUGCAUAUACCAGCUUAUUCAGCAGAAGUAUCGGCGAUAA